AGUUGUAGAAAGAAAUUAUCUAAAUCGCCAAUGAAAGAAAUAUCGGAUUAUUUCGAGAAAACCAAGAAACCAUCGUUAACAGACUUUUUACUAUACAGGCGACAGCAACAUGAUUUCUCAUACGACAAAGCAAAGGAACAUUUGAUAUACAGAAUAUCUUUAGAAACAUUAUGUGUUGAUAACGCGUGGGCUAAAAACCUUUUAGACAAUUUCGAUGUUAA